UCUUGCAUGCGAUGAACAUGUUUGAAUCAAAACAUACGAGGAAUAAACGACUUUUUACAAAGAGAUCUAAGAUGUUUGGCGCUAAAGAGGGCCAUACGAUAUUCUGCGAGGAAGACUGUGCUUUUACGCAUCAUGAGAUGCUGCUUUCGCUCGUUUUAAGCAAGAGAAACGACCCGAAGACGUUCGACCGGUUUAAAGAAUGCGUCCGAAAGGAACUAGCGUCCGGAUGGAACAGAGACAGCGACAUCGCGGACAACGCAAAGUAUUUUCGGUUCCCUCUUGUCCACUGGGCGGCCGUAUAUGGAAAACUAUUCGCGUUGCAAUGGUUGAUCGAUCAGGAUUUCGACGUUGAAGUGACUAACAAGCAAGGAGAGACUGCCUUACAUAGACUAGUGGCUUGUCAGGCCCACGAACGGGCUGUGGACCCCAGAAUUGGGCGUGGUCGGAGGUACUCCUUGGGUAAUAUCAUCCAAGUUUUUUCUAAGGUUCUUAAUAUCUUCACAAGCAAAUGCCCACAGUUGCUUUUACGCUACGACUAUGUUCAGCGGGACAGCCCUUUCUCACUUUGUCUUAAACUGUUGCUGGAGAACAUUGAUACAUGUCCCAGGUUGGUGCAGUACCACCAAACACUGUUCAAGAUUCUCUGUGAGCGAUUGGUCGCUUUAUCGAAGCAACAGAAGUUAUGCAGGGAGUUCAUACACAAUGGUUUUUCCCUCAAGGAUUGCCAAGGACAAACCAUUUGGCAUCUAGCUGCCAGUUGCAGGAACGAGACAGUUACUUCUGGUUUGAAUUUGGUUUUAAAUGCGAUAGAGGGAUUUGAUCUAACUCUUUCUAAUAACAACUACGAGACGCCGAUUCUGGUCGCUUUGAAAAGCGGCAACCAGGAGUUUGCGGCAAUGAUCGAGGCGUAUAAAUAUUCAAAUUGUGAGGUACCCGUUGUUAAAAUGGAGAUGUUCUCUGACUCAGAGAAGGAUGAGUGUUGUUGUGAGCAUCACAAUAAUGCAUUUCGGAGUAAAGUGGAACAGCCAAGUUGUGGCAAGUUUCAACAAGGGACCAGUUGUUGUAAUGGUUCGUGUGUUAAUUCCAGUAAUAACAACACAUCUUUGGAGCAAAGUGCUUCUCUGAUACCAGAUGAUCAGUCCUUCACGGAAAAUCUUGGAAGUGCGCCAAUUGUUGAACAAGAAAAAGUGGUUCUGACGAACCCUGAUAAUGGCGAUGAUCCGCUACAUCUGAAUGAUGCUCAAAGCCAAUCUAGCGAUGACAUUGCAUCGUUAAGCACCAAUCAGGAGAGUGCUAGUUGUGAUAACGACUUGUUAAAUGAAACCUGUGACCAGGAGGAGAUUGUAAUCGAGAAACAAAUUGACCUUUGUCUAAGCCUUAGUCAAUCCAUGGAGAGUUCUGAUUCCACAACCACAGAAGAUCAUGCAAGCAAUGAUCUAUCAGCAGAAUCUGAUCAGGUUCCAAGACCAGAUACAUUAGUCGAGAGUAAUCCACCCAGAUUGAACAUACUUGCUGAGGCUUUACGACAAGCAGAUGUCAGUGACAAUGAAGUAUUUGUAGAAAGAUUUGAUCCUGAAAGCGUAAAUCAAAAUAUAGAUCUACCAACUCCACCUGAUAGCAGCACCAGCCCAGAGCAAGGUGAACAAACUCCACAAACACCCCUUGAUGAACCACCAAAAACACCUCCACCAAAGGAAACUGCGGCUUGUAGGGGAAUCAGCGUUACUCCUGUGUUACUCAUAAAGUUGCUAUCAGAGCCAGAUGUUUCAGAAAAGUUCCAAAGCCUUCUCAAAGAUGUUAUAACUGGGGACACGGCAAAAGUGGAUUCAACUCAAACAACAAUGCAAGGUUUGAGAGACUCAAAGGUAAAGUUAGAUCUUGAGAUAAGUUCUUCGAAAGCCUUCAUCGAGAACAUACGAUCUAAGACGAAGCAGUUACUAGAGGAGAUUCAAAAGCUACAGGAGGAAGUUUGCAAACUACAGAGUUCUGAAGAAGCGAUAAAAAUUAAACUGUUAGAACUCAAUGAUGAGCAAAUUAAGGUGACGAAAAAGAUUGAGGAAUGCGAGUCUACGUGCAGUCAUUUAAAAAGACGACUUUCCGACUGUACAGGAGCACUUGUUGGCUUGUCACCCAAGUCGCAAAAGAGAUGCUGAGAUGAAUUUGAAGCUACCGCAUGUGCACUUACAGUUGUUUUUUAAGGAUUUCAGUUGCUUUAAAUAUAUCAGAGAACAAACUCAAACACAUAAAAGUUUUUACACAAGGUUUUAUUUUUUCAUUAGCAUAGUUCUUAUGUAAUGAAACCUCUCAGUUAAAUUUCCCAGAACAAAUAUAUAUGUGAAUAAACUAGAUCAUUGAAAUGGGAAUUUUUCAUGAUGGUGACCUGCCUUUGAAAAGUUGUAG